AUGACCUUCUGGUAUACCUUAAUACGGCCGGGUCCUGGCCGUGUGUUCUCCAUAGGGGCCAUCCGCCGGGCUUUUGGUCCUACUUCUCGUUCCUCCUCAUUGCACUCACAACCUUUCUUCGCAUCGCCAUCCACCUCCUGCUUCUCCUCUCCAUUUCGCUCCCAUACUCCCUCUUCUAUUCUCCUCCGCUUCACAAGGACGACUCUCGCUAGAAAAAAUGCGCUCCCAACACCGCGCUGUGCCUCGUCCACAGUAAAGCCGGGUGCAAGGCGAUUCCCCGAGCGGCUUCUCAUCUACCAUGCCGGUACGGGCCGCACAACGUUCUUGGCCUGCCUCAAGGUCACCACCCUCUUCGGCCUGGCCUUUUUCACCUUCCUUGUCGCUCCCGCUUACAUCGCCGCCGGCAAGCCACUGUGGCAGAUCCUCGGCGUCACCAUCUGCGGCCUCGUUCCCUUUGCCGUUGUCUUGUACACCUCCUCGCCCUUUGUCGUCUUUAUCCACCUGCGUCUCCCGGCGUACGCCCGCCACCCGGACCGCGAGCUGUUGCACCGCUUUGUCCGCAAUGUCCCUGCCGCUACCCAGCUCGACAUCACCACCAUGAACCUUGUGGGCCGUCCUCGUCUCGCCACUGUGGCUGUCAGCGAUCUGGUGCCGGCACACGAGCGGCUGCGGAUCGUCAACUUUGUGGACACCCGGGCAUCAUCCGAAGCGGCGGCGGCGGGCAUUGGCAGCCGUUCUCCCAUGGCAUCAUCCCGGCCCCUUCCCUCCAACUCCGGCCAAGCAGCGACCACCGCCGCCGCCGCCGCCCCUAAACGGCCGUCCCAGUUCAUCUCCACCUCCUCCAAGUUUCCCUUUGUCCAUCUAGCGCCGACCACACGCUUCGGGGCCCCAGCUGGCGGCAACAGUCGCGGCGUGCAGUACAGCUGGGCCUGGGACGAUUUGUUGGCUCUCAUUGAACGGCGCGCUCGUCAGCCGCAGAGCAAGGCUCCUUAG